UUCAGAUGGACAGUAAAACGUCGUGGUGUCGUCACGUUCACUGUGAAACCUGCUACGAUCGUCAUUGCCAGGCCCCUCUCCAUGUGUCCCUGGGUUGCCUGGUCAUCAAGUGUCACAAAAACUGCGGCGCCGCGUUCCACAUGUGCAAGGAAGAGGAACACCAUCUGCUGUGCCCCAAUGAGACGGUUCCCUGUCUGAACUCCGGGUUCGGCUGUCCCCUCCGCCUGCUGCGCCACAGCCGGGCCCGUCACCUGGAAGUCUGCCCUGCCAGUGUGGUCAGCUGCUCGCAGGAAUGGAACCGCUGGCCGGUUCUGGAGACUGACCGGGCCUUUAACAAGAAUAUCUCCCAAAAUCCUGUGGCCGUGGAGCAUCUUGAUGUUGCUACAGCUCUCCGGGAUCAGAGGCUUCUUUUCAAAUCCAUCAAAAUGAAGGAUGUGUUCCCCGAGCUGGUGGAGGAGGAGCUUGCCUCUGGGCAUCUGGCCUCUGAGCCCAAUGGCACUGCAGACCCCUCCGAUGGAUUCACAGUAAAUGGCCGUCUCGGGGUUGAAGAAAAAGAGCUGAGUCAGCAGGAGAGGAACGCUCUGGCCUCUAACAGAGAAGUGAACGGGAUCGCAAACUACAAUUCGUGGGAGAAGAUCUUCAACAAGGAGAUGGACGGGUGCAAGCAGACCGUCAAGAACCUCAACCGGUCCGAAGGAAGUGGUCAAAUGUCGGAGUCAAAGCCUCACAGAGAAUCCCGCCGGCACCAGGAAAGUGCCAGAUCCGGAGAUGUGAGUGGCUUCGCUCCGUGGGACGAGGGCGUGCUGGAGAGACUCGGGCGGGAAGUCGACAUCGGGGAAUAUAACAUGUAUUUGGCUCACAACGGAUCCAUGCUGAUAAACUUUGGCCAGCUUCCGGCUUGCACUCCGAGGGAGAAGGACUUUGUCUACGGGAAGUUGGAGCCCAUCGAGGUGAAGACGAUCCGCUCCUUCAACAUGCCCACCAGCUUCCGAGCGAAGCGCAAUCCUCUGAAAGACCCCAUGAAGAAGGACCGGAUCAAGCAUCAGAGCGUCGACACAGCAGACUUGGACGUGUCGAAGGAAAACCUCUCAAAAUGUGAGGACAUCAGCACGACUCUCCUCUGCUGCCUGGAGAAGGAGCUGAAGGGGCACUUGAUCUCAGAGAGCAAGGGCACGGACGGCCUCUAUAUUGAUGAGGGAACGCAGACCUACCAUCUGGAGUCAGCGCUGUUUGAAGCCGAGGCAUCGCUGGCUGACUUGAAUAGGCCCAACGCCCUGUACGUGAGCACAGGAGUGGAGUCCGUUACCAGAAGACACAACAGGACCAGCUCGUGCUUCAGCUUCAUGUGCGGGCUCAUCUUCCGCCGCGAUGAGUUCCACUCUCACUUCCGGAACGUGCACUGUGACAUCCAGUCCGGCCUGAGCGGCUGGUUCCAGCAGCGCUGCCCAUUAGCUUACCUCGGCUGCACUUUUGCUCAGACAAGACUGAAGCCUGGGGGGCCGCCAGCGACCGUGAGGUACAGUGAAGAGGUCAGCUCCUUCUUCCUGCAGCCCUCAGUGCAGUCGUUCUUCUCGGAACAGGAAGAGAACCCUCAGAGAAAUCUCCUCGGCCACCUGCCCCUGGAGAUCCUUCAACAUAUCGCCGGCUACCUGGACAGUUUCACAUUAUCCCAGCUGUCCCUGGUUUCCCGGCUGAUGAGGGAGGUGUGCGCCACGCUGCUGCAGGACAGAGGGAUGGUGUCUCUGAAAUGGGAGAAAAAGACUUAUUCCCAUGGCGGAAGCUCCUGGAAAUGUCGAAAGAAGGUGUGGCAGUUCAGCUCCGUCUUCACGCAGGUGGAUAGCUGGGUCUUCAGCGACACCCCGUCCAUGUCGGAUCACCUCGGAACCUGCUCUUUUUACCAGAGAGAGCAGCGGCAGGAGCCUGUGGCGCUGCCCUGCCUGCCGGACGUCAGCACCGCCAGGGGUCACGCUGAAUCAGUGGGAGGACGACGACAGUAG